GAGAUAGGCGAAAGUGUCCGUGGGGAGGAUGUUUACAUUGUGCAGAGUGGUUGCGGUCAAGUCAACGACAAUCUGAUGGAGCUUCUGAUCAUGAUCCACGCCUGCAAGAUCGCCUCGGCCAGGCGGGUGACCGCAGUCAUCCCAUGCUUCCCUUACGCGCGGCAGGACAAGAAGGAUAAGAGCCGGGCUCCCAUCACAGCCAAGCUUGUUGCAAACAUGCUUUCCAUGGCAGGUGCUGAUCACAUCAUCACCAUGGAUCUACAUGCUUCUCAAAUUCAGGGCUUCUUUGAUUUCCCAGUGGACAAUUUGUACGCCGAGCCAGCUGUCCUCAAGUGGAUCCAGGAGAACAUCUCCGACUGGCGGAACUGCACCAUUGUCUCCCCUGACGCUGGUGGAGCUAAGAGAGUGACCUCCAUCGCAGACCGGUUGACUGUAGACUUUGCCUUGAUUCACAAAGAGCGGAAGAAGGCCAACGAGGUGGAUCACAUGGUGCUCGUGGGAGAUGUGAAGGAUCGGGUGGCCAUCCUCGUAGAUGACAUGGCAGACACGUGUGGCACCAUCUGCCACGCAGCCGACAAACUUCUCUCGGCUGGAGCCACCAGGAUUUAUGCCAUCUUUUCGCAUGGAAUCUUUUCGGGGCAAGCCAUUACUCGCAUCAAUAAUGCGUGCUUUGAAGCGGUGGUCGUCACCAACACCAUACCUCAGGAGGACAAGAUGAAGCAGUGCUCCAAGAUCCAGGUGAUCGACAUCUCCAUGAUCCUUGCAGAAGCUAUCAGGAGAACUCACAAUGGGGAAUCUGUUUCCUACCUGUUCAGCCACGUCCCUUUGUAACAGUAUAACUUCUGAGGCUUUUUCAAAAUAAAAGCAACCCUACCCCUUG